AUGGUCGCUAUUGAUCAUAAAGGCGUUGACAGUGCUUGUAUCGGGUACGAUGAUGCCAAGACACUACUCGCUCAAGGAUCAGUGGCGCUCCAUGAGCACGUAGCUUCUCGAUUAACGUCGUCCCUUGGCAAAGCGCUUCCUCAGGUCGAGGUGCGUUUCAAGAACGUGUCCAUCUCCGCCGAUAUCGCGGUCAAGGACGCUACUGACGAGGAGAUGGAGCUACCGACGCUUUCGAACACAGUGACGAAGACUCUGUACAAGUUGGUGACCAAGAAACCGGCAGUGACAAAGCGCAUUUUGAAUGGUGUUACCGGAGUCUUCAAACCGGGAACCAUCACCCUCGUGCUCGGCCAGCCGGAGUCAGGCAAGUCGUCUCUCAUGAAGUUGCUGAGCGGUCGAUUUUCAAGUGAUAAGAACGUCACCAUGGAGGGGAAAAUCGCGUACAACGGAACACGUGCAGAAGAGCUGCAGCGGCUUUUGCCUCAGCUCGUGUCAUAUGUCCCGCAACGUGACAAACACUACGCGAAAUUGACAGUGAAGGAGACACUCGAGUUUGCACAUGCUGCAUGUGGUGGCGAGUUGUCUGAACGUGACGCGAGUCAGUUGGUACAUGGUACUCCUGCUGAGAAUACAGAGGCUUUAAACGCUGCGCGGGCACUGGCCAAGCACCACCCGGACGUCAUCAUCCAUGAACUUGGUCUAGAAGGUUGCCAGCAUACGAUCGUCGGUGAUGUGAUGACUCGUGGUGUGUCUGGAGGAGAACGCAAGCGCGUGGCGACUGGCGAGAUGGCGUUUGGAAACAAGUACGUGAUGAUGAUGGACGAGAUCAGCACGGGGCUAGACAGUGCCACGACGUUCGACAUCAUAACGAUGCAUCGCAGUCUCGCAAAGACGUUCUGCAAGACGGUGGUGAUCUCGCUUUUGCAGCCAUCGCCCGAGGUGUUUGCACUUUUCGACAAUGUCAUGAUUCUGAAUGCUGGUCACCUCGUGUAUCAUGGACCAUGUGCGAAGGUUCAAGACUACUUUAAGAGCCUCGGGUUCGAGUGUCCUCCGACUCGUGAUAUCGCAGAUUUCUUGCUGGACCUUGGCACGAGUGAACAGUACCAGUACGAAGUUAAGCUCGAAAAGGAACGCACGUUGAUCCGUACUCCAACCGAGUUUGCUCUAGCGUUUGAGCAGUCUUCGAUUUAUGCGCAGACUCUUCAGGAAAUGGAAGAGCCUGUCCAUCCGAGUCUUGUCGAAGACAUGAAGACCACCAUCGUUGUCAAACCGGAGUUUUCUCAGAAGUUUUGGGCAAGCACAGUGCUGCUCAUUUAUCGACAGUUCGUUGCCACGAAACGCGAUACUUCGUCCCUCUUUGCACGCUUCUUCAUGACGGUCGCAAUUGCCAUGAUGUGCUCAAUCGUGUACUACCAGUUCGAACUAGCCGAUGCGCAAGUGGCAAUGGGUAUCAUGUUUGAGUCUGUGCUCAACUUGUCGGUCGGCCAGGCUACACAAGUGCCAACAUUUAUGGCUGCGAGAGAGGUGUUUUACAAGCAGAGAGGGGCCAACUUCUACCGGACGGCAUCGUACGUCGUCUCCAGUGCUGUGAACCAGGGACCUCUCGUUGUCCUCGAGACGUUCCUCUUCGGAACAGUCAUCUACUGGAUGUGUGGCUUCGUGAGCAGCUUUUACAAUUUCUUGGUGUUCCUUGUGGUGCUGUCCUUGACGAAUCUAGCAUUCGAUGCUUUCUUCUUUUUCUUAGCGUCUGCUUCACCGAAUCUCAAUGUAGCAAGCCCCUUGUCCAGUGUGGCGACCGUUUACGCCUGUGUGUUUGCGGGCUACACGAUCACGAAAGACCAGAUUCCGGACUACCUGAUCUGGCUUUACUGGGCCAAUCCCAUUUCGUGGGGAAUUCGUGCGCUGGCGGUCAGUCAAUACAAGAGUGCUCGAUUUGACACAUGCGUAUACGAUGGCAUUGACUAUUGUGCAACCUACGGUUUGACGAUGGGGAGGUUCUCAUUGAGCACCUAUGAAGUUCCGUCGGAUGCGUUCUGGUUGUGGGGCGGAAUGGCUUUUAUGACCGCUACCUAUGCCUUCUUCUUGAUCCUGUCGUGUUUCGCACUUGAGUACCAUCGCUUUGAACGGUCUGAGAUUGCGGUGCUGGACACGAAGACCAAACCAAAGGUUACGGACGACUACGUAGCUACAGAGACUCCACGCGGGUCAAGGAAUCGGGACAAAAUGAUGGUUUCGGUGAACCAAGCAAGCGACAAUUAUUUCAUCCCGGUUACAGUGGCUUUCAAAGACCUCUGGUACACCGUUCCGGAUCCUACGGAUUCCAAGAAAACGAUUGAUUUGCUUAAAGGCAUCAGCGGAUAUGCGUUGCCUGGUACCAUUACAGCACUCAUGGGGUCUUCUGGUGCUGGCAAGACUACUCUGAUGGACGUGAUUGCUGGGCGUAAAACAGGGGGCAAGGUUCGUGGACAGAUACUUUUGAAUGGACAUCCUGCCACGGACUUGACCAUUCGUCGAUCGACGGGAUUCUGUGAGCAGAUGGACAUCCACUCGGAGUCCUCAACGUUCCGCGAGGCGCUGACCUUCAGUGCAUUUCUGCGCCAAAGUGUCGAUGUUCCUGACGAUCACAAGUACGACUCGGUGACUGAGUGUCUCGAUCUUUUGAAUCUUAACCCCAUUGCAGACAAAAUUGUUCGCGGCAGUACUUUGGAACAGAUGAAGCGACUAACGAUCGGUGUGGAGUUGGCAGCGCAGCCAAGUGUGUUGUUUCUAGACGAACCUACGAGUGGAUUAGAUGCUCGCUCGGCAAAGCUGAUCAUGGACGGUGUGCGUAAAGUGGCCGAUACUGGAAGGACAAUUGUGUGUACGAUCCACCAGCCCUCGGCAGAGAUAUUCAGUCUCUUCGACAGUCUGCUACUACUCAAGCGUGGUGGCGAGACCGUCUUUGCGGGUGAGUUGGGCGAGAAUGCUCAUGAAAUGAUUGCAUACUUUGAGUCAAUUGAUGGAGUAGCAAAGUACAAGGAAGAGUCCAAUCCGGCUUCAUGGAUACUUGAAGUGAUUGGUGCUGGUGUCGGCAAUAUCAACGGGACCAAAGCUGACUUCGUGGGGAUCUUCAAAGAUAGUCCACACUACGAGCGUCUGCAGUCCAUGCUCGAUUCCGAAGGUGUGUGCCGUCCAUCCGCGUCUCUACCUGCACUCCAGUUUGAUACCAAACGCGCUGCGUCAAAUCUGACGCAGAUGAAGUUCUUGCUCCAACGCUUCAGCAACCUCUAUUGGCGGACGCCUUCGUUCAAUUUGACACGCUUUGUCAUAUCACUGGGACUGGGUCUGGGCUUUGGCAUCACAUACGCUGGGAGUGAGUACACGUCGUACUCUGGUGUAAACUCUGGACUCGGCAUGGUGUACAUAAUAGUCAUAUUCAUUGGAUACAUCUCAUUCAACGGCUUGAUCCCAAUUGCAGCAGAAGAGCGUGCUGCCUAUUACCGCGAAAGAGCGUCGCAAACGUACAAUGCGUUUUGGUACUUUCUUGGCCUCGCAGUCGUUGAGAUCCCGUAUGCAGUUGUCGCAGUGCUACUGUUCUUGAUCCCCUUUUUUCCCAUGGUAGGCUUCUCUGGACUCGGCACUUUUUGUAUCUCUUGGCUCGUCUUGGUGCUGCAAGUGCUGCAUCAAGCUUAUAUGGCGAUCUUACUCGUUUUCUUGCUGCCGAACUUGGAAAUGGCGGAGAUCUUUGGCGUGAUCUGGAACAUGGUGGGCUACUUGUUGUCCGGCUUUAGCCCCCCAGCCUCAAGUUUGCCGUCAGGGAUUGUAUGGGUAUACCGUAUUACACCGAUGACUUACAGCGUUGCCGCCUUCUCGGGCGUCGUGUUUGGUGCCUGCAGCAGCGAUGGCGACUUGGGGUGCGUGCAAAUGACGAAUGUUCCCCCGUCACUGGCUGCGGACAUCACUGUGAAAGCGUACGUGGAAAUCAACUUCUGGAUGGAAAACAGUGAAGUCGGCCGGAAUUGCGGCGUGCUGGCAGUUUUCGUGCUUCUCUCCGGACUUUUCUCGCUGCUAGCGAUACGCUUCUGCGAUUACCAGAAGAAGUAA